UUGUUUACAUAAGUUUUUGUAACCAUUUAACUCCAAAAUAUAUUUCACGAGUAUAAUUGCAACUUGCAAACCUAAAAAAGUCCGCGCACUGUGUGUUUCAAGCCCUCUCAAGAGACUAUUUCCAGCUGGCUUGAGCUGGGGCAGAAAUGUUAUGACGCGUCGAGCGCUCUGUGCUCUGAGAUCGAUUAGCUCGUCUGUGCAGAAGUAGACAGGAACAAGCUAGAGACGGAUUGGCAAAGUCGGAACGAGUGUGAUUAAAAACACAAACAAAAUACAUAAUCAGAUAUACGACAACCUCCAAAUGUCAAAUUGGCUUGACAAGCGGCGCAUCGUUGUCUUUGAUUAAGUUAUUGGGAUAGACAAGGGAUCAAAAGAAUUGGUCUGCAGAUUAUUUGUGAAGAUCUGGAGGAAGAAAGACCUGUUGGAUUUGUGACUGCAGGAUUUUAAGAGACCCAAGAUUUCCCAAGAUGAAAUAAUACAAUCUGGAGUACACCUGUUAUUUCACAGUGAAUGUUUAAGGUUUGCUUGCACCUGGACGCUUGUGUUUUGUCAUUGAGUUUCAUUUGAAUCCCCAAUGCACGGUACAUCGUGUUUAACCAGAAUCUGUGCAAAUUGGCUUCAAGUUACUCGCCUGUGGAAGUUUCUUCUGAUUUGAUGAUCUGGAAGAUUGGAAGUGUUGUUAGGAGGCAAAUCAUAUUUACUUCCAAUUUUUUCGGUAGCCUAACGUGAUAUUGGUUCACCAGCCAUUUAUCAGCCAUGUGGGCCGAUAAUUAAAGAUGUCAAGUUUUCAUUGUUUGGUUCACUGAAGCAUCCAAAGUAUGAGCUGUUGAAGGCUAAAGCAAUUCUCAUGACUUUAUAACAUAAAGCACUUCUAGCUAUUGUGAUGUGACAAAUCAGCCCCCCUCCCCUUUUCGCCCUGACGUAGCACCUUCGCUGUUUUGAUGAGGUGAAUAUAUUCAGAUCACCACUUUCCGCAAACCAGCAUUGUGUGGUACAAACCCACUCUCCGUUUUUUUUGUCGCUGUGUGUGUCUUCAGCCGAAAAUGAGUUCGUAAAGGAGUUUUUGAGUGUCCGAGCAGGCACACCGUGCUGCCACCACAAGCCCCCAGAAUAAGAGACUGGACUUGUAUCCGGUCGCCCUGAAUGCACACUGUCAUCGUCGGUGAACUAAGGGUGUCGUGGAGGGUCACUCUGGCAUUACAGAUCAAACGCAUACGCUACUCGUCCACAACUACACGCCAUUGAUCAAAAACAACACGUCACCAUCUUUUCCAUCACCUAACAAUUUUACCUUGGGCUGCACAAGUUUCACUUCCAUCCCCUUCUUUGCACUUUCCUGGAAACUGGAGUUUGCCUGUGGCAGGAGCUGUGGUUGUCCUGAGGCUUCAAAGCCUGUGAAAGUGCGUCGGUUGGGCCCUCUACAAAGACACAGCCAAGGACAGGGCCAUCGAACUACAGAGCCUUUGUCUCUGGGUUCAGGCCAUGAGGUUUGAUGCCUCCAUCCACUGACGGGAGACACUGGACCUAAAUGGCGCAGCAUGACUUUGUUCCUGCCUGGCUUAACUUCUCCACGCCUCAGCCCGCCAAGUCCCCUGCUGCCCCCCUUGAGAAGCAUGGAGAGCACUUUCCCCGCGGAGACAGCCGGCCGGGAGUUAACCGUCGCAGACACAACUCCUCUGAUGGCUUCUUCAACAAUGACCCACUAAGAGCCCCUGGAGGUGAUGGGUGGCAGCAGCCAUCUCUAUUGAGGCAUGACUCUGUAGACUCUGGUGUUGCGAAGGGGAGUCAGGGGGGAUUGGGAGGCGGACCAGGGUGGAAGGAGACCCCCAGCUGGCAUGGGGUACCGAGGGGCCAGGAAGGUCCUCACCACCACCAUGCUAGGCAUAUCAAACGUGGUGGAGGUGAAAGGGACCGACAGGGAGGCCACCGACAACGUAAUGGAAACUUUCAUCCACGCAAAGGUGGCUCAUAUCAGGACAGAUAUUCUGAUGAGGAGCGCAAUGAUGACAAACUCAAGUUUGUUGAUGAGGAUUUUCCCUCCUUGAACCCAGAGACGACUGGAAAGCCAGCAAGUCAGCCUCGUGCUGUCGGAACUCCAGCAGGAGUAUGGGAGAACCCCCCUAGUGCUAAGCAGGCUAUGUCUAAGAUGCUGGUCAUUAAGAAAGUGUCUAAGGAGGACCCCAGUGCUGCUUUCUCUGCUGGCUUCGCCAGUGCUGGCCCUCUGUCCGCCAAUGGUUCUAAAGUCCCCAUCACUGGACCCAGUGUCUACAAGAAUCUGGUGCCCAAACCUGCCACUGCCCCCACCAAGUCUGGACCAUGGAAACCCAAUGGAAGGGAAACUAAAGUGGGUUUGCAUUUCUCUGGACGGGAUUCAGCCUUCACCAGCCCUGUGUCUGUGACCAAACCUCUGACACCUGUCAGUGCACCUGCCCAUGGCACUUCUAAAGAGCCACCCUCCAGCACCACCCCUCCCAUAGACAUCACCCCCUCAAGGCUAAAACUGAUGCGCCGCAGCACAGACCGUAAGAGUGAGUUCCUGCGUGGACUAAAGGAUGAGAGAAAUGGGGAUAUGAGUGACUGCCACAGCCCAGGAGCUCCAGCAGAGGGAGAGGGAAGCACCCCUGAACUAAAAGAGUUUGGUAAGAGUCAUGAGAAUGGCAUCUCCCACUCUCUCAGUGACUCAGACCCAGAGCACUUGUCCAGCUCUCUGGAGGCGGAGCACAGGUUGUUGAAGGCUAUGGGAUGGCAAGAAUACCCAGAAAAUGAUGACAACUUCCAGCCCCUCACUGAAGACGAACUCAAAGAGUUUCAAGCUAAAACUGAAAAGAUGAAGAAGAUUGGUUUUGGGCGUAAUGGUGUGCUCUUGAAGCCACGUAAUGUGGCCUUGCUAACCUGGAGGAACACCCCAAACCCUGGCCUGGAAGAGGGCUCCGAAUCUGAGACAAGCAGUAGCAGCCAGACCUCUGAUGAUGAUGAUACCUGAUGUGGCUUUAACCACCACUCCCACAUCUCCCUUUCUCUCAAUCUGUCUCGUCCAUCACACCCAGUUAUUUCAAACUAAAAGAAGAAAGAAAAGAUUAUUUUCAUGGACAAGGAACAUCGGUCAUAUCCCAGGCGGAGAGAAAAAGGAAUCACUUGUCACCUCAUAGGCGAUAUAUUUGUUUGAUCCCCCAUCCCCCUCUUUUCUCUCCUCGUCUGCUUUUUGUUCUUUAUCCUGAACUAGAAAUGUCAAAGAAAGCCACAUGCACCCCUCCACCAGAUCUUUUUUGUUUUGCUUGGGAAAAAGACUAAUUCAUAAUAAUAACACCAAUUAUAACCGUGAUUUAACGUGAAAUAUGACAUCAUUCUGAAUGUUCUAUAAAAUGGCUUUGACACCUUUCUAAAAGCUUUUUUUUUUUUUUCCUUUUCGCGAAAACAAUUCGUAGCAUUAGUGUUAAGAUGAAACAAUCAUUGUGAGCCGCUGACUGUCCCUCAUAGAAAUGAACUCAAGCCAGUCAUCCCUGCAGCAAGGAAGAACUAAAGCAACACUGAAUGGACUGUCACAUGCAGUCUGGCAGCUAGAACAUCAGUCCAUUUCUGGCUCCAGUUUCAGCGAACCCUGCUCAUUUUCACGCUUCUCAUUCUGCAGAAUCAUACUAAUAUACCUGAUUUCAUAUGUCUGCCAAGUACACAUGUGAGAAAAAAAACCUUAAAGCUUGUUUAAAAGUUAGUUGCAGAAGAGAUUGUUGGGAACUGGUUUUUGAAUAAAGGUAAAGUUUGGAUGGAAGGGUCUAAGUUAAUGUUGCAUUCUGGUACGCCAGAUGAAUAUACAGAUGUUCAGUUCACUAAGGUUCGGUUUUGUUUUGGAAAAAUUCGAAAAAACAUAAACCGACUGUCUUUCUGGCCCAUAUAUGGUAUAAAGGUUGUUGUUUUUUUCCUGAAUAACCUAAAAGCUGUUUUAUUUAAACCAUAUUGAAAUCCUGAACAUUUCCGAGUUCUAUAAAAAGCGUUCUCGUGCUUCUAGAAAUAAUGCUGUGGCAAUCAUUUUCAAAGCUUUACAUUCAUUGCAUGUGGAUUGAUAGGGGUAUUGAUAAGGUAUUCAAUAAACACAAGAAAGGUUUGAUUAUCUUAUUCCCUCACAAAUCCCAAAUAAAUAAAAAAAAUCUACCCAAUGGAAUAGAAGGCAUUAAACAUUUUUGAGCUUAUGUAAUGUUUACAAUGCAGGAAUUAAUCCGAUGUCUGGUUUGUAAUGACUGUGAACUUUCUUCGAGCGAUUCAGUAAGAUGGCUUGCACUUUUUGUUCUGCUAUGUGUUGUUCCUUAAAGCGUUCAUUUUGGGAGCUGAGUUCUAUCCCUGCUGCUGGAAGUAGAGAUCCAUCUUUAAAAGUUCUUUGUUUCAUGAGGGACUGCUGGUGUAAAUUGUGCAUCUCCUUUUUUUGUACCUUGUUUUUUCUGAUAGGGUAUAAAAUUGCUUUAUCACAGAUUUAAGUUUCUUUUUUAAUUUUGGUACAGCUGUAAAAAUUCCCACUUAAAUAGUUUUUUUUUUUUUUCUUCUUCUUUUGUUUGCAUUAUAUUGUUUCUGCAGCCUUGAUAUUCAGGGUGGAUUGUAAAAAAAUAUAAGAAUAAAAAAUUGUGAGUUUUGGAAGAUUAA